CUGGCUGGGCUCUGGCUUUCAUCAGAAUGAACCCCUGUUCCCAGGGCAGGACCCAGUGGCAGAAAGUGGGGGGGGGUCUCUGGGGACUGGGUCUGCUGAUUAAGGGGGGUGCUGUAGGCCCAGCCUCACCCUGGGAGACAAGCUCCUUUUGGGGUCCUCCCUAGUUCUGGGCUGAGGCAGUGUCUCCUACAAGUCUUCAAAACAAGGUGACCCAUGGCUCCUCCCUGGUUCCCCUCUGGCCUUAGGAGAGGGCAUAGGGCAGGUGCCAAAGGAUGUUACUUUGGCAGUGUUGCCAAUGAGAGUGUCAGUCUGAAUUCCCAGUUCCCAAUCCAUCCUGCCCUCGUGGUCCCCUUCUCCAGAAGGUCGGGUAGGGGGUUGGGGGACAGAGGCUGUGGGGAGGCCUGUGGCUCUAGGCCAGCUGAAGGACCAGGCCACCAGCCCUUCCUGGCUCCUGAAUUCUUAAUCAGCAUAAAUAUUUACUUCCUUCCUCCCCUUCCAGGCUCCCAGCACAGAGGAGCUUCAGGGAGGUUGGACUGGGCCUGUGUCUAAAAAUAAACAGGUGGAGGGACAGGCAGACACACAGACAGACAGACAUAACUGGGGGGGUGGGUCAGGCAGAGGGCAGCUCCCUGCCCAGCCAGAGGAAGAGUGGAGGGGGCCCAGGUCCAUCCAUCACUGUCACCUGCCCACCUGGGUCUGGAGCUCCUAAGGGGACAGCGUGGCAGUCUGGUCCCAGCUCUCUGGCAUCACUGGAAGCCCCUGGCCCAUGCAUGGCCUGCGGGUUAAUCCAAACAGAUCUGCCAGCUCCCACCUGAUGGAGUUUAACAGGGAAAAGUAAAGUCACAGACCUCGGUCCCACAGCCAAGUGUGGCCACCCAUUCUCUGAUAAUGCUGCCCCCUCCCCAGGCUCAGAGACUCCAAUGUUAGCCAUGUGCUGGGGUCUUGGGAUGUGUCCCCAGAAGCAGAGGGUCCUAAGUGAGGGAGGGGACCACUGUUACCUGUGUGUGGAGGGUCUUGGCAGAAGUGGAGCUUGCUGGGGAGACGGAUGAGCCCGGGCUUGGAGCUGGGGCAAGCUCCAAGUUGCUGAGGGGCUUGGUCUGGAGAAGAUGAGUGAGGAUGUGGGGUCCCCGUCCUGCUCCGUGGAGAGAGCUCCAGGCAGCUCUGCAAACAUACACACUGGUGAAAUACACGAAGUCUUUUACCAUGUGGUGGUCUCGGGGAUGUUCCCUAUUAAAUUGUGAAGAGCUAGAUUCUGUGAACGACAGAGAGUAUCUUGUUUGGCAGAUAGAUUUUCAGGGUGUAAUCAUCUCAAUUAACAAACACAAGGAAACACCAUUUCCCAGCAUGUGAAAAGAUUGCUGCUGUAAAAAAUGAUUUGGAAUAAAGGACCCUUGCUCUUGGGUCACUUAUAUGUGAAGAAAAUUACACCAUUGAGAAAUUCAAAGUGGUGAAAAUUCACCACUCAAAAUAAAAGAAUAUCAUCAUCAUUAAAAAAAAAUUAUGUAUGUAUGUGUUUUACUAACCACUAGACAGCCCAUCACUUCCCCCUACCCUGCCCCUGGAUGGCCUGGCUGGGCCACAGUCCCCAGCUGCCCCCUGGUGGUGGCCCAGAGCCCUCGGGCUCCCCACGCCUGUGGGACCCUCUCCUUGGACUGCCCCUGGGAGGCAAGGCCACCUGUCUGUCUGCCCAACCCUUGGGGCCGGGCCAGGCUUCGCACAGCUUGCCUGGGACAAGCUGUCAGCCUCAUUCCCUUGGAGGUGACCACAGCUGCUUAGGUGCUAGCGGUCAGUAACUAGCACCUCUGAGGGCCACCUGGGAGGACACUCAUUGCCCUCCUGGCCUGGUUCUGGGUCUUCCAGCUCACACCAGGCAUAUGUCCCAGGCGUGACUUCCCACUCAGUCAGAAAUGACCUUUGGGACUUGCCUGGCCAGUUCCAGGGAGGAGAUGUGGCCUUGAAUCUGAUGGUUCUGCCACUUCCUAGCUCUGCAACCUGAGACAGUGUCGCUAAAACUCCAUUCAUGGCAGAAUGGACCCUGUGAGCUGCUUCCCAGAAAAGUCUCGUGGGAAGUGGAGGAGUUAGCUGUGGGUUGGUGGUUGGCUCACCAUGAUACCUGCUGUCCAGAGCCACUCAGAAGGUCUCCCUACCCAGGGAGGCAGCCUCCACACUGCCCAACACCCACUGCCUCUCCGCUCCUGUGGGCUUUAAUGGGCUCAGCCCGAGGAGGAGUCUGGGGUCACAGUGUCACAACACAGCUCCUGUCCUCUCCCAGGUUCCUGCCUGAAUACCAGCUUGGGAGCCCCUCGCUGCCUGCUGCCGCCCCCACCCCCAGCCCCCAUCACCAUGCACUCCUUGGACGAGCCGCUCGACCUGAAGCUGAGCAUCACAAAGCUCCGGGCGGCGAGAGAGAAGCGGGAGAGGACACUGAGUGCAGUCCGGCACCGAGCUCUGCACAGGGAGCUCGGCCUGGUGGAUGACAGCCCCACCCCGGGCUCCCCGGGCUCCCCGCCCUCAGGCUUCCUGCUGAACCCCAAGUUCCCCGAGAAGGUAGAGGGACGCUUUUCGGCAGCCCCCCUGGUGGACCUCAGCUUGUCGCCGCCGUCCGGGCUGGACUCGCCCAAUGGCAGCAGCUCGCUGUCCCCUGAGCGCCAGGGCAAUGGGGACCUGCCUGCAGUGCCCACUGGCCCGGACCUCCAGCCACUGCGCUACCUGGACAGCGUCCCCAGCUCCUUCCAGUUCUUCCUGCCCCUAGGCUCCGGGGGGGCCCUGCACCUGCCUGCUUCCUCAUUCCUCACCCCCCCCAAGGACAAGUGCCUCUCGCCAGAGCUGCCCCUGCCCAAGCAGCUGGUGUGUCGCUGGGCCAAGUGUAACCAGCCCUUUGAGCUCCUACAAGACCUGGUGGACCACGUCAAUGACUACCACGUCAAGCCCGAAAAGGACGCAGGCUACUGCUGCCACUGGGAGGGCUGUGCCCGCCAUGGGCGCGGCUUCAACGCCAGAUACAAAAUGCUCAUCCACAUCCGCACACACACCAACGAGAAGCCGCACCGCUGCCCCACCUGCAGCAAGAGCUUCUCCCGCCUGGAGAACCUGAAGAUCCACAACCGGUCACACACAGGCGAGAAGCCCUACGUGUGCCCCUACGAGGGCUGCAACAAGCGCUACUCCAACUCCAGUGACCGCUUCAAGCACACGCGUACCCACUACGUGGACAAGCCCUACUACUGCAAGAUGCCCGGCUGCCACAAGCGCUACACGGACCCCAGCUCGCUGCGCAAACAUAUCAAGGCCCACGGACACUUCGUGUCGCACGAGCAGCAAGAGCUGCUGCAACUUCGCCCACCCCCCAAACCACCGCUGCCCACCCCUGACGGCAGCCCCUAUGUCAGCGGGGCCCAGAUCAUCAUCCCCAACCCGGCUGCCCUCUUCGGAGGCCCCGGCCUGCCCGGCCUGCCUCUGCCCCUGGCUCCCGGCCCCCUUGACCUCAGUGCCCUAGCCUGUGGCAAUGGCGGGAGCAGUGGGGGUACAGGGGGCAUGGGCCCUGGGCUGCCCGGCCCCGUCCUGCCCCUCAAUCUGGCCAAGAACCCGCUGCUGCCCUCGCCCUUUGGGGCUGGCGGACUGGGCCUGCCCGUGGUCUCCCUCCUCGCUGGCUCCGCUGGCGGCAAGGCCGAGGGGGAGAAGGGGCGUGGGGCAGUGCCGGCCAGGGCCCUGGGCACAGAAGGCCGCAAGACCCCCCUGGAGAGGACUGAGAGCGGCCGCUCCCGGCCAAGUCCCGAUGGCCUCCCCCUGCUGCCGGGCACCGUGCUGGACCUGUCCACAGGCGUCAACUCAGCGGCCAGCAGCCCAGAGGCACUCACUCCUGGCUGGGUGGUCAUCCCGCCGGGCUCCGUGCUGCUCAAACCGGCCGUGGUGAACUGAACCCACUUAGUGGACGCCGACCACCUGUAGCCCAGCCGGCGGCUCCCAGCCCUGCCCCCCGACGAACGGAAGCUCUUCUGCGAAAUAGCAAUAAUGUUCUCCUGCCCCAUGGCCCAGUUGGCUGUGUCCCCUGGGCAGACCUAGCCCCAGAUAAGCUGGGCAGCAAGGAUGGUGCUAGAAGGGCAUUGCUGGCACCCCAGGCUCCCGAGGGAGGAACUGGGUCUGCCAGCUAGGGAGAGCUGUGCUCCUGGGUGCUGAGGCCUGGCUCACCUCUGCCCCACCCCACCCCACCCCCCACCUAGCCCUCAGUCCCCCUGUCCCCCAACUCUAGUGCCACCCUCAUCCAGUGGCCAGCCGGGCAGGUCACCCUCCCUCCCUUGCCCACCUGCCAGCCCUGUCCCAGCAGUGGGGUGGUGGGGUGGCAUCUGCCCUCCUGACUAGCACCAGGCUCCCUCCCCAUCCCCUUUAAUGGUGAGCUGUGAGGACCCCCUGGGAUUGAGGUCCCACCCCAUCCUGCCUAGCCUCACUGGCCCCCUGCUCUGGGGGCUCCUGACCCCUUUCCCUCUGGUCUACCCUCCAGAGGGAGAGCAAGACAGACGCAGGCCCUGGCAAAGCCACAGGAAGAAGCCACCUUACCUUAUGACAAGGCGCCUCCCAGCUUGGAGAGGGAGGCCCGCUCUGCCAGCUGCCCCUCAUUGCCCGCCAUCUGCAGCAGCCAGCUCGCUGCCCGAGGGUCAGUCCCUCCUGUGGACUGGCUGACACUCCAGGUUGAGGGGGCUGGCUGACUACUCAUCUGCCCCUUCACCACUGGGCCUCCCUCUACUUUCAGGGAGCCCUGAGUGGGGAGAGGUGCCAGGACCUGGGACCGGCCCAGCUCAGGGAAUAGGUGGGGCUGGGCCUGGCCUGGCCUGGGGUGGUGCCACCCUGCACAAGGGGCUGUGGAGGCCUGCAAGGUGUUGUUAGGAGGGGAGGCUGGCUAGGCACAACCCCGGGCUGGGAUACGGCUUCUGUCCUGGGGGCACCAAGUCACGGCCAGCACAGGCAAGGGAGGGCUCCAGGCUGGUGCUGGGCAUGGGAGCUUCCAGAGGCCAUGGACAGAAGGACCUGGGCUUGAGGAGGGGAAGAGGGGCUGCGAAGCAGCCAAGGAUGCCCUUGGGAGGGCCCCACCCCUCUGCCUGGGAAGGGGAAACCAGACAAAAGAACCUGGACUUGGCGACCUGGCUGCUUCCUUUGGCUUUUCUGAGCUGAGCUCCUGCCCUAGGUGUCCCUGCUCUGCUCCCCCACGGAGGGGGCCAGAAUAAGCUAAGGAUGCUGGGGCUCCGUGUGCCCCAGAGCCCACACUGCUGCCCAAACCCAGGGAGCUGGGCUCUCCCACAGGCCUGGCAGUGCAGCACAUGUCUCAUUCCCCGCCCUGAGCCCUCACGUUCCCUCCCCGUAGGGGGCCUGGUUCGGUCUGGGAGGUGCUGGCCCAGCAGUCAGGAGCUCUGUCUGGCUCCUAGGCCUGCCCUGCCCUUGGCCACAGUGACCAAGCCCUCCGUGUCGCCGGCUGCAGAACAAGGGAGCUAUGGGACUGCAGGGGGGUCCUUAGCAGCCCUGCAGCUUCCCUCCUCUGAGCAGCUCUGCUGACCCUGCCCUUUCCUGGACUGCCCUUCUGUCCCAGAGGGGUCACCCUGACCCAGCCCACUGACAGGGCCCGGCAGCACUGGCUUUGCCCCUUGAAGGGGCUGUGAGCAAAGCAGGAGGGAGCUGGUCUCCUUCCCUCACGCCCCACCCAGGACCCAGGCACCCCCACCCCCACUAAGGGCCCCAGGCCUUAAGUCCCCAUUGGGGUGAGGGGUUUGAGACUCAAGCCCCGGGAGCAGAGGAACAGGGCACUGGAAGGUGACAUUAGCUCAGCAUGUGACUCGGUGAUAGACCAGGCCCGAAGGUGCCGGUGUACGUGUCGUUAUUGUCAGUUUGUUGUUGCACAUUCCAGGAUAUCAGUAUUCUAACAGGUUCUAAGUGCCUUUCUAUCGUAGCUUAUGUUUUUCCUCCUCUUGGCUCCAUUGCUGUUAGCAUAGAGUUUUAAAAAAAGAAAAGAGAUAAGCUAAUGACUAUAACAAUAUAUUCCUCCAUGUGAGAGGAAGUUUAUAAAGAAACAAUAAAAGCGAGUUACAAACACA